AGGGCUGCUUUGUAGUAGAGCUACAUUGAAUCCACUCUGGUCACAUUUAGCUUCGAUAGUCUCAAUUAGUGACCUAGAUUUCCAUCAGAGAUAUGGUUAGAUGUUUCGGGAGGGAGUGUAGAAGACUUUCCGUUCUCCAGGUCAAACAUAGACCUAAAGUCCUGGAGCUAACUCGCAGUCUACGGGGGGCGUUCAAGCCUACAGCAAAACUUUAGCAGCGACUUGGUUCAGAGUUUAAAUCCAACAUAUAAUUGCUAAAAAAAAAAAAAAAUGGAGAUGAACGAAGGGGCAGCGGCAGCAGGCGACAACGUGCUCGACUUUUCUCGUUUGAGCCUGGAGGCUUUUGGCGUUGACACAAUCAGCGACAAGAGGAAGAGAGACACCAAACAGCUCUACCUGAACUACAACCGGCUAACCUCGCUGCCCUCGGCCGUCGGACUUUUCUGCAACCUGGAGUUUUUGGACAUCAGCAACAACGGACUGUCGGCCAUCUGUGAGGGCAUAACGCAGCUGAGCAGACUGAAAAUACUGAUAGCCAAGAACAACCGACUGGACGAGUUCUCGCUGCCCAAAGAGUUCGGCUCUCUGCAGCUGGAGGUGUUGAACUUUAGUGGGAACCGGUUUGAGGAGAUCCCCCUGCAGUGUAUGAAACUGCUGUGUCUGCAGUCGCUUUCAGUCGGAGGUAACAGACUGAAGAGUAUACCUGCGGAGAUAGAGAAUCUAACCAGUCUGGAGCUGUUGUAUCUGGGUGGAAACCUCAUCACAGCUAUUCCUCCAGAAGUGGCUAACCUGCCUUACCUCAGCUACCUGGUCCUGUGUGACAAUCGUAUCCAAAGUGUACCUCCGCAACUCACCAGGCUCCACUCGCUGAGAUCUUUAAGCCUCCAUAACAACCUGCUAACUUACCUGCCGAGGGAGAUUCUCAGUCUGGUGCAUCUGCAGGAGCUCAGUCUCCGUGGCAACCCGCUCGUGGUGCGCUUUGUCAAGGAGAUGACCUACGACCCCCCGUCAUUGCUGGAGCUGGCAGGACGCACAAUAAAGAGUCGCAAUAUCCCCUACUACCCACGUGACCUGCCUUCAAACCUGCUGCACUACCUGGACCUGGCCAGCAAGUGUCCUAACCCCAAGUGUGCAGGCGUGUACUUUGAUUCCUGCGUGCGCCAUAUCAAAUUUGUGGACUUCUGUGGAAAGUACCGGCUGCCCCUCAUGCACUACCUGUGCUCCCCAGAAUGCACCUCUCCCUGCAACUCAAACCCGCAGAGCGAUGCCGAUUCAGAGGACGAGAGCAGUGUGCCGGCUUACCGCCUGCAGAGGGUACUUUUGGGGUAAUCCCACAUGGAGGAGCCUCGUCAGUCGGCCACUAAGUAACAUUUCUACAAAGAUGAACUUGGCUGAGUUACCUUUCCAUGCAAAAACACAAUCACACAAAAACAAAAAGCUUAGACUGUUUUACAGACAUCCUAAGUGGCUGAAUCCAAUGUACAAAAUGUGAGACAGCUGUUCAUACUACUCCAUUUUUAGGACACUUUUUUUUAUAAGGGAUCUGUUCCUUCUCUCAUCACAAAUCAAUCUACUCAUGAGGAGUUAAAAUUCUUAUUUUUUUCAUGUGGAUAUGCAAACCAACAGUCUUUAUUUUUGGCCUCUAAGUGCAGGUUUAACAGUCCAGCGAGGCAGGACAGUUAAACUCAGUUAAGACUGAAUGAGCUGCUUGAUUCUUUUUCCAUUUCAGGGCGUAAAACUUUAUAUUUCAAAAAAGGUGCUUCUUAGUAGCUGCAGAACAUUAUUGUGCAUUUUAUGGAAAAACAAUGUGUUUUUUGUCCAACUGCUGGUGUCUGACAGACCACUUACAUUAAUUUUUUUCUGACCAAUUGAGCAUCAAAGCUGCUGUUGCAACUAAUACGAAAUUAUGGAAUUUUUUUAAGUAUGUCAGCAAACGCUACAAUAUGACAUAAGAUUUACACUUCAAUAUUCUUAAAGGUCACAUUAUCCUGCUUUUCAACCACUUUAAAUAAGUCUCCACAAAACGUGUCUGUAAAGUUUUGGCUCAAAGAACAGGCUGUUUCUGUGUCUGUACCUUUAAAUAUGUAAAUGAGCUGUGUCUGACCACGCCCCCCCCCAGAAGGGCUUGGGUGGCUCUGGCUUUCUUGCACCAUUGCCUUAUGAUGUUCGUUCAAGGUGAGAAGGCAGACUCAGAGGGCAGAACAAACACCUAGCUGUGGGAGUGUCACCCACCUGGGGGAGGGGCUACUGCCCUUUGUGAUGUCAUGAAGGGAAAAUCGCACACAUUUUCUGAAAAGUGGAGCAGGCAGAAGACGGAGAGGAUUUACUUUACUCACAAUUGGGGUUUGAAGUCCGACAUGGGACACAUAUUAGUGUUUGAAAAACAUGGCAAGCGUAUUUUGCAUAAUAUGUGACCUUUCUUACAUCGAGUGUGGCUUUGAAGGGCAAAGGUUUUCUUCAGUAAAGCUGCUCCACACAAUUUUAAAAGAUACACAUACAGUAUAUAUGUUGCACAGCAGCCUUGAAAAAUUGUCCCCAGAAUAUGUGUUAUGUGAGGAUGUGGAAGACAAGCAUGUACAGGCUUACUCACAGGAAGUGGCGUGGGCUGGACCUGGGAAAACCAUUCACUGGGUUAGCACAGAAACAAUGGCUAUUGAGUGAAACACAGUGGCAGUCCUCGUGUUCAUGGUAAGGGGCUGUUUGGGUUUUCGAAUAUAGAUGUGUGAAUCGGACCCACAUAAGGAGAACGUUUUUUUUUUUUUUUUUUUCCUGAAAUGACUCCAGAGAGAGAUGCUGCGUUCCUAACAGAAAAGUGAAAGUGUCUUUGGUCACAUGGCUGCUCUGUCUCUUUGCUUAUUUGAAAAGUUGGGGGGUCUUACAGCCUCCUGGGUUAGUGUGUCUCCAUCAGAGGAAGGAUAAAUCCACUUAAUUUUACACUAAUGUUAUUUAAAAAAAACUAAGAAUGCUCCUGUAUGUUACAUUAACAUCUAUACUAGAACAUUUUUUUAAGUGCCUUACUAAUGGUGACCUCUGACAUAGUGAGGCAGAUAAUCUCUAAAUGUGAUAAACCCACCCUAUAAUGUGACAAGAAUAACACAAUGAAUGAUAAAGCCUUUUUUCGAGUGAUUUUUGUACUCUUCAGAUAAAAAAAACAAGAUAAGCUGCUUUUAUAGAGAUCAUAUUUAAAAUAAUAAACAUGCUUCAUAUUCUAAUGACCUGCAGAAUAGAUGGCACUUAAACAGAAAGUGUAACAAGAUAUAUUAAUUUUAUUUAAUUGUACUCAUAUAGAUAAUGUAAGUAAACUGUACAGUAUAAAAUAACAAUAAAAGAGACUGACUGUAAUACCUUUGAA